UUGCUUGUCUAUCGCGCUUCUCUCCGAGUUUAUACUACCGUUCCGCAGCCAAUGUCUUCUUCUCUCUCUUCGUGGAACGCCUCCAGAGCAGCCAGACGGCCCUCUCCAUCACCAUCGCCCACGCAUCCGCCAAUCCCAUACGCACGCCUUAUGCCGUACCGCACGGCAUGUAUGUGUAUAUGUAUGUAUACUCUAUGCCCCGCUCCGCUCCGCCUGCACCAAGAUGAACUGAACCAGUCCGAAAAGACGCCUGCCAACCACGCCAUGAGAAAGUGAAGUAAGCAGUGAACCGAAGCGCGUGAAGCAGGAAGUAGAAAGAAAGAAAGAAUUACGCAGAAUGCAGCAAGGCAAAUGCAGAAACAAAAGCGCAAGAGAAACGAAAGAAGCAAAGAACGAGGACGGGGAGUAAGAGGCGUCCUACUCAUUACCCCCACCCCCCCAUCCUCACUCAACACGCCAGUAAGAAACCCGAACCGCACCAAACCAGCCCAUCAUCAUCCCCUCAGAGCCGAAGAAAUGCGCGCGAUCCCUGCAUCACCAGAAAGAAAAGCAAAAAAGCUCUCACUCACCCCACGCACGACCCAUCCACGCAACCCCCACCCCCACAGCGCCCCAGAGCACCCCCCAACC